GGGAAAAAAACAUAAUUGCGGAAGUGGCGUCAUCAUAGUGCCCCGGGUAGAGAUACGAAUUUGACUACAAAACACAUACUGCAUUAUACGUGUUUAUCGACCGAAAUUGCGAGGUUUAUAUUCCAUCGGCUAGUUUUUAUGGUUAUAAUGUUAUUUGUUAUAUGUAGUAGAUAAACGCGUACCCGCAACAGACUCUGAGCUAUCUUUAGUGCACCAAGACAACAACGCUAGCGUCGGCUUAACACUACGAGGUUGUUUUAGCCAACAGGAAGUGGGCUGUGUGAGUAAUUUGUCAGCGCUACAUUGACGGUCAACAUCAGGCAGAUGGCAUGCACUUUGGAGAAAGUGUUGGGUGAUGCGCGGACACUGCUGGAGAGGUUAAAGGAGCACGACACAGCCGCCGAGGGCCUGAUCGAACAGUCCGGGGCCCUCAAUCAGAGGGUGCAUAGCAUGAAAGAAGUGGGAAAUACUCUUCCAGACAAGCAUGCAGAUGACACUUCGGAGAUCCAGGAGAUGAUCAAGUACAAGCCUCAUGUCCUUUUGACUCAGGAGAACACUCAAAUCAAGGAACUCCAGCAGGAGAAUAAAGAGCUCUGGUUGUCUCUUGAAGAGCAUCAGUACACGUUAGAACUGAUUAUGGGCCGUUACCGUAAGCACAUGCUCCAGAUGAUGAUGGCCAAAGAGGAGGUGGACACCAAACCCGUCCUUACACUCCAUGACGACCAUGCAAAAGAAGUGCAGACCCAAGUGGAGCGAAUAUGCGAGAUGGGCCAGGUGAUGAGACGGGCCAUGCAGGUGGACGAUCAGCGCUAUUGCUCCAUUCGAGAGAAACUUGCCCAGCUGGAGAUUGAGAACAAGGAGCUGCGAGACCUGCUGGCCAUCAGUAAGGACUCAAUGGCAGUGGCGAAAGAGGAAAGCACCCAGCCAGCAACUGCAACACAUCAAAUCAAGCCCCAGCCGGAGUCCAGUGAUUUAAUGUGAAGUGCUUCAUCUGGAACUUUUAGGGCUUUAGUCCAUGUUAUUGUGUUCAUCAUGUUAAACCAUAACAUUUUUGUAUUGGUGCAAGUUUGGAUGAUAAUUGUUGAUUUUUCAUAAUUAGGUGCAUGGUCAAAUUGAUGUUAAUUCAGUGAAUACUUUGAAAAGAACAAUUGUACAGUAUGAGCAAAGGAAUUUUGUUGUUUUAGGCCAAAGAUAUAUUUAAUCUAUAAACACGUUUGUUUCUA